AUGUUUUCUUUUUUCCUUUUUAUGCUUUCUCUUUCCAUCAUCAUUUCCUCAUUUCUCCGCCUUCACUAUUUUUCAUAUCCUCUUUCCUCCUCAUUCGUCUUUUCUCUAUGCCGUACUUCUCUACUCUCUUUCCCUUUCGUCUUUAUUUUCAACUUUGCUUUCCUCCUUCCUUUCAUUCUGUCACCGUUAAAAUCACACGCUUUUCAGCGAAUCCUGACAUCGGAGGGCUGUUUUGAGGCUUCUUUGAUCUACUACUAUUCUUUCUGCUUGUUUAUUUAUCUAUCUAUCUAUCUAUCUAUCUAUCUAUCUAUCUAUCUAUCUCGGUCUGUUCGUAUCUAUCUAUCUAUCUAUCUAUCCAAAUCUUUCAGGCCUUCUGUUGGUGUUCUGAAGCCAAUCGUUCUAAUGUAUUAUAGAGGCAAUAGCCAUCUUCAUGCAUGUUUAUAUCUAUUUAUUCAUAUCUAUGUCUGUCUUUUCAUAUCUGUUUAUAUGUCUUUUCAUAUCUAUCUAUCUAUCUAUCUAUCUAUCUAUCUAUCUAUCUAUCUAUCUAUCUAUGAUCUUUUUAAUAUUUCAUCUUUCUCUUUCUUCUCAUAUUUCUCUCUGUUCAUAGUUCUCUCUAUAUAUUUAUGCUCAUAUCUCUCCGUAUCACUGUCCCCAUAUCUAUCUAUCUAUCUAUCUAUCUAUCUAUCUAUCUAUUACUGCCCAUCUAUGUUCAUCUCUAUCUAUCUAUGUUAA